UAAAUGAAUUAAAUUAGUUUUUUUGUUGUUGUUAUUAAUAAUUAUUGUUUUGGUUUAUAUGUUGUUGUUGUGAUUAUCAUCAUCUGUGAAGACAACCACACAAUCAGUGUAUAUUAAAUCAGUCGGCAAUUAUUAUCAUAUAUAUGAUAUAUACUGUAUGUGUGUGUCACCGGAUCUGAUCCCAUAUUAUUAUUAUUAUCAAAGUCUAUAGAUAUUCCUCUUCAGCUAAUUUUGUGUCUCUGUGUGUGUGAUAUAUAACUCAUUAUAAAGACAACAAUGUCGUCAUCAAACAACAGCUUAAGACAAUCACCGAUUGAACAGAUGCCGCUGAUGCAGGACAACAAUAUCGGCGGCGGUGCCGCCAACAACAACGAGACUGUUGUUGUUGGCGACGAUGAUCCCGAACUGUUGGCCAAACAGUUUGCCAACGACUAUCCAAUUCAUUGGUUGGUCUGGCAUAACAAUCAUCGCCAAUUGGAUCAGCUGUUUGGCGACAAAAAGAGUUCAUCAUCAUCGUCGUCGUCUCAUAAACCAAACAUUGAGACCCGUGAUCCGCGCGGUCGUACGCCACUUAUGUUGGCCGUAACGCUUGGCCACUACGAGUUGGCUCGACUGUUGCUCCGGCAUAACGCCAACGUUAACUUUGUGGACACACUUGGCUUUAAUGUAUUACAUGAAGCGACCAGCAGUUGUGACCAAGAGUUCAUACGGGAAGUACUCGAGCGCCGGGAUUGGCAACGAUAUACCAGUCGUGUGGACGGCAUUCCCGGGUUAUUGAAGAAAAUAUGUGAUACACCAGACUUUUAUGUCGAAAUGAAAUGGGAGUUCACGAGUUGGGUUCCAUUAGUCACCCGUAUGUGUCCCAGUGAUACCUACAAGAUAUACAAGAGUCGGUCCAGUGUCCGAAUAGAUACCACAUUAGUCGGUUUUGAUCAGACAUCGAACUGGCAGAGAGGCAACCGUAGCUAUAUAUUUACCGGCACCGAAAAUGGCGCCACAUUUAUGGAAGUAGAUCACGAUCGCAAACAAGUAAUAGUCGAAACUAUGAAAAUGUUGACACCAGAUAUGGAGGAUACUAUUGAAAUGUUGAAACCGUCAGACGAUUUGGUCAGCGCCCGGCUGAGCACACCUACAAGCACUACAUAUAUAGAUACCGAUAAAAUCAAUUUCGAAAGGAGUAAAUCGGGAAUUAUUGGCUUCCGGAGCGACCGAAUCGAAACAAUCAACGGCUACGAGACCAAAGUGUUUUGCGCGCACAACGUCGAAGUAGUGACCAAAACCCGAACCGAACACUUGUCCGCUGAGGACAAGGAACGACACAAUUCGGCCACUGCUAGCCGUUUAGCGCCAUUACAGUCCAUAUUGGGUAUGAUUGAAAUUGAAGAGAAAGCGCCCACACCUACAGAAGUCGAGCCCAAUGGUCCGCUGGCCGACGGUGCCACCAACGCUGCUGCCGUCGCCGCUACCAAUCAGCGCAAUCCAUUCAACAUAACUGCUGUCCAGUACUUUGACGCCAAAUACGACCUGAAAGGCCGCGAUAUUGGCCGACAAAAAGAGAUGACCACAAAAAUACAACGAUUCAAAGCCAACUUAUGGCUAUGCGAAGACUAUCCACUAUCAUUGCCCGAACAGGUGCUGCCCAUUGUUGACCUCAUGGCCAUCAGUAGCUCUCAUUUUGCUAAACUACGCGAUUUUAUUACAUUACAACUUCCGGCGGGAUUUCCCGUCAAAAUAGAGAUACCAUUGUUUCACGUAUUGAACGCACGGAUCACAUUCGGCAACAUAUUCUCAUUGGACGAAUCCGUACGAGGAGUCACACCGAUUAAGGACGAGACCGCCUGUGCCUGUGUUGUGGACGAGUCGUGUUUUGAUGCGCCCAUUGGUUAUCGGAAAAUAGGAUCAGACGAAAUGAGACAAAUCAAUAUGGAUGACGACGAUGUCGUCCAGUACGCCAUCGAACAGUAUCUCAUGGAAGAGGGCACCGAAACCGAUGAGGUGACACUAUGGGAGGCACUCCGGGCACAGCAACCGGACAUCGAUCACGAUCUUCAAAGAGCAAUCCAAGAAAGUUUAGUCGACUUCCAGAAAGGUAUCAAUAAUAAUAGCGGCGGCGGCUGUGGUGGUGGUGUGAGUGGAGAUGCGCGUAGUGUUGACGACCACCCGAAUCCCGCUUCACACGAAUCACAACAACAACAGCAACACAAGUCAUGCAACAUAUCGCCUAAAUCAGAGUCAUCAUCAGAUAAGACAAUGAGUGGUAGCAGUGGCGGCCAAACAAUGGUGGCCAACGGACAGUUACCGUCGGGCCAUCGUACGCCUGCUACUGCUGUUACGACUUCAACAACUGUCAACAAUAACGGCAUCACAAACAAUGGCCGCACAACGGAUCAGGAAUUAGUCAACGAUCUUGAGUUAGCCAUACGUUUGUCUCAACAGGAAAAAGAUGCCGAAGAAAGACGAAUGAAAGAGGAAGAAGAGCUCUUCCAACAAGUGCUGAAGUUAUCUAUUAUUGAUAAGUGAUUUGUUGUUUAAAUCAAAACAAAUUUAAUAAUAAUUAUUGUUAAAAAUAAUAAUAA